CGGGUUUGAUAUCACCACGUACGUUGAAGACUGCUUGAAACAGCAUCGCCAUGGGCUGCUGCACCUCUCAGAGUGGCAAGGGCCCUGACAAAGCGAAGAUCGCGAAGACCAAGUCCGACAAGCCACCCGUCAACGGCAAAGAUGGCCAGUUGUUGACCGAAUUGGACGCCCUCUCGAUCGUUGACAUUGUGGAGAGCACAGGCGCGGCUGGCAGUGGCCGGAAGAUUUUCGUAGGUGGAAAGAGGGACGUUGAUCCUCUAAACAUGGCAUCUUUUGUGGACAGGUGUGUUGAAAUCAUGGGUGAUGCCGACACACUUCCCGCAGGCAUUGCUUUCACUUGCCGCAAGGGCUUAAAGCCAGACACUCCGAAUCAAGAUACCUGGUGUGCCCUGAAGAUGGACACCUUCUCCAUCUUCGCCGUCUUCGAUGGUCAUGGCCCAAAUGGACACGAGAUCUCCCAUUUCGUGAAGGAGCAUCUUCCCAAGGUGAUUGUGCAGGAUCCCAGGUCAAAGGCUCCUGAAGUCGGCUCCUGCCUGGCAGAUGCAUUCAAGAAGACUCAGAGACUUGUGGCCGCAGCGGAAAGCCGCAAGAGAUUGUAUGCGCGGACAUCGGGCACGACAGCCACAGUGGCUUUUUUUGAUCACUCACGGUCUAAGCUGACGAUUGCCCAUGUGGCUGACAGUGCCGCAGCCAUCGGCACCAAGAUGGGAGAGAAGUGGCUGGGGAAGCCCCUGACGCGCGACCACAAACCCAAUGUAAAGGGGGAACUUGAAAGAAUCGAGAAGACAGGUGCCAAGAUUGGCUUCGAUGGCACCAGUCAUCGUGUCUAUGCCAAAGACUCGCGCUUCCCUGGGCUGAAUAUGUCCCGUUCUUUGGGAGAUACGUUAGGUCACGCAGAGUGUGGCAUCACUUGUGAGCCAGAGAUCACCAGGCUUGACAUUGAUACGAGCUCCAAGCAGAUGUUGCUGAUCUGUAGCGACGGGGUUUGGGAGUUCAUCUCUGCUCAAGAGGCCGUGGAGAUUGUUGGCAUGCGCCCACCUGAAUUGUGUGACGAAGCUGUGAGCCUGCUUGCAAAAGAAUCCUGGGAUCGCUGGAUACGUGAAGAAGGAGCAGCGGUGGUGGAUGAUAUUACCGUGGGUGUGGUGCACAUUGGCAAGGAGGAUUGCGGCAAUUGCAGCAUAUAAUUUGGUCAAGGGUGUACAGCUGCAUGGAAUUCGACUUCUUGGCGCUCAGCUCAUACUUUCUUAGAAGGUCAGGCACUUCUUUUUCGUUGGAGGCGUUGGCUAUUAGGUGCUUUCGGAGCCCUGCGCCGAGGAUGCACGUUUUUCCGGGUCACUCCGGACGUUCGCGAGCCUUUGGUCGCGGCUUUCUUUCCGAGACGGGUGGACCCAAGAGGCAAAUGGCAAGCUAAGCCACCCCAAAACCAAACCGAU